AUGGGAAACACACACAGUAAUGAUAUUGAGAAAAGAGCUGAUUACUCUUUAUAUAAAAAAGAGAACGAGAAACAGCCUAACUACUCUUUGUAUGAAGAAGGAAACUUUGAGAAAAAGUCUGACUACUAUUCAGUAUAUAAAGAAAAUUACAUCAUCACUAAAAUUCAUGAAUAUCCUUUGAACGAAGAUAAUAACCAGAUUUUUCAAGACCAACAAGAAGUUACUAUAAACUUAUCCGAAUUACAAUUUGUAGAUAACAAUUUUUUUAUUAAACAAUCAUAUUACGUUGAUUGGCCCCAAUUAGUAGAGAAAUUCGGAGGAUAUUUAUUAAAAGAUUGUUGUAUUGCAAAUGCUCCUGAAAAGGCAUUUACGGUCAAUAUUGAAAAGGACAUUUCAGAAAUUUUGCCCUGGCUUUCUACUUUCCUUGACGUAGAAAGUUUUCCUUAUCAAAUGUCCAUAGAGUUUUUUUGCAAAAAAUGGGAAAAAGCAAAACUUAUUAUUUCAAAAUCAAGUAUUAUUCCAACAGAGAACUUUGUUAAUGACGUUAGUAAAGUCGUUAAUGGUGAAUUGGAUCCCACAAAUAAAUUGGAACAGCUCCGUGAUUUAACAAAAAAAUAUGGCAGCUUUUAUGCAAGCAGCCUUGUUUUUGGAGGGGCCAUAGUUAAAGAAAGUAACAAUAAUGAUACACCAAUCAUAGGUGGAAUUAAAAAAAACUAUACCAAUAAUGAUUCUAUAGAGCCUUGGGUUAACUCUCUAGAUCAUUAUAAUAAUUGGGAAAUAAUCGGAUAUGAUGAAAUUCGUUCUAUAUUUGAAUUGUUGGACGAUGAUUUACAGAAAAAUGUCUUGGACAUUCUAGGCUUCCGAAUAUUAAAAGGUACAAAAGAUAUUCUUUUAAAUCGAGACUUUUCUAAGAAAACCACGUACGUUCAUUCGUUAGCUAUGCAGUUUGAGGAGCUGGAGAAGAUAACGAAUAUUCAUAACUGUUAUAUCUUUGUUUCAAUAAUAAAUGAAGAAGACAAAGACAAAGAUAUAUUUUCCAUAUUAGUGGAUUAUGUUAAUAAAUAUGCUCCAUUAAUUGUUAUUAAGAAAGCUCAAAGUGAAAAAUAUGAAAAAAAUUCGUUAAAAAUUGGAUGGAUUAUUGUUGGGCAACCUAACUAUUUUGACUUUGACCAGAUUGAAUAUCCUAUUGUGCUUUCUAAAGUAGAUGAUAUAGUAGAAAUUUCAAAGUCCACUAUAUUUUCUGUAGAAUCUUACGCACCGAGUACAUGCGCAUUUAGUGCACCAGAAACUGACAACUCGUCAACUAUUGCUGUUGAUAUACCUUUAACAGCUAAACAUCCAUUUGACUUCUUCGUUUAUGAUCCAAUGAAUAUAAGUGAAUCUACAAGUGAUAAAAGGAUGCUUGG